GCCCCGCCGCCGAGGCUCCGGUCGGUCCGGGACAGACUGGCGGGCGGGCAGGCGCUGACGCCGCGGGAUUGGAGCGGGCCGCGCGGGAGCGCGCGGAGGGAGCAGUGGCGCCGUCGGUCCCCGUCGGGGCUCCGUGGGUCCCCGAGUCGUCCCUGGCUGGGCCAUGGCGGGCGCCAGGCCCGGCGUCCACGCGCUGCAGCUGGAGCCGCCCACCGUAGUGGAGACCCUGCGGCGCGGGAGUAAGUUCAUCAAAUGGGACGAGGAGGCCUCCAGUCGGAACCUGGUGACUCUGCGUGUGGAUCAUGAUGGCUUCUUCUUAUAUUGGACGGGACCCAACAUGGAGGUGGACAUACUAGACAUCAGUUCAAUCAGGGACACACGGACAGGUCGCUAUGCCCGCCUGCCCAAGGACCCUAAGAUUCGGGAAGUCCUGGGCUUUGGGGGCCCUGAUGCCCGCCUGGAGGAGAAGCUGAUGACGGUGGUGGCUGGCCCAGACCCAGUAAACACCACAUUCUUGAAUUUCAUGGCCGUGCAAGAUGACACAGUCAAGGUCUGGUCCGAGGAACUGUUCAAGCUCGCUAUGAACAUUCUGGCGCAGAAUGCCUCCCGGAACACCUUCCUUCGCAAAGCAUACACAAAGCUGAAGUUGCAGGUGAACCAGGAUGGCCGGAUUCCUGUCAAGAACAUCCUGAAGAUGUUCUCAGCAGACAAGAAACGGGUGGAGACUGCGCUGGAGUCCUGUGGUCUCAAUUUCAACCGGAGUGAGUCCAUCCGGCCUGAUGAGUUUUCAUUCAAAAUCUUUGAGCGGUUCCUGAACAAGCUGUGUCUGCGGCCAGACAUUGACAAGAUCCUGCUGGAGAUAGGUGCCAAGGGCAAGCCAUAUCUGACGCUGGAACAGCUCAUGGACUUCAUCAACCAGAAGCAAAGAGACCCAAGACUCAACGAGGUGCUAUACCCACCCCUGCGGCCCUCCCAGGCCCGGCUGCUCAUCGAGAAGUAUGAGCACAACAAGCAGUUCCUGGAACGCGACCAGAUGUCCAUGGAGGGAUUCAGCUGCUACCUGGGAGGGGAGGAGAACGGCAUCUUGCCGCUAGAGGCUCUGGACCUCAGCAUGGACAUGACCCAGCCUCUGAGCUCCUACUUCAUCAACUCCUCACACAACACCUAUCUCACGGCGGGACAGCUGGCCGGGACCUCGUCUGUGGAGAUGUACCGCCAGGCAUUGCUAUGGGGCUGCCGCUGUGUAGAGCUGGACGUGUGGAAGGGGCGGCCCCCGGAAGAGGAGCCCUUCAUCACUCACGGCUUCACCAUGACCACUGAGGUGCCACUGCGUGACGUGCUUGAGGCCAUUGCUGAGUCUGCCUUCAAGACCUCGCCCUACCCUGUCAUCCUGUCCUUCGAGAACCACGUGGACUCGGCAAAGCAGCAGGCCAAGAUGGCUGAGUAUUGCCGCUCCAUUUUCGGGGACGCGCUGCUUAUUGAUCCACUGGACAAGUACCCGCUGGCUCCUGGCGUCGCCCUGCCCAGCCCACAGGACCUGAUGGGCCGCAUCCUGGUGAAGAACAAGAAGCGGCACCGGCCCAGCGCAGGCGUCCCCAGCAGUUCCGUGCGCAAGCGGCCACUGGAGCAGAGCAACUCGGCGCUGAGCGAGAGCUCCGCCGCCACUGAGCCCUCCUCACCCCAGCUUGGUAUGGCCCACCUAACCUCUCACCUUACCCCCCAGCUGCUGCACCUCUUGGAGUCCGACUCCACCCACCUGGCCCCCCACCACCUUGUGCUGCCACUGCCCUAA